AUGAAGAAUCUACAACGGCUUCUGGGCCUGAGGUUGCUCUUGCUCAUUUCCCUUGUCUCGCAAGCUUCAGCAGUGCGGAAAACGAGGUUGACAUGGGUCAAUGGCAUUGGGUACAAUAUUGGUCAUAUGCAUCGAGAUUCACCGACAAUAUCCAAGCUUUUUGGUGGAAAGGCGGUGGAAUUUUGUCACAAUCCAACGUUUAUGACGAGUGAAGAGGACAUGUUCGGUUAUGUGGGAGACUUUGCCCAAGCGGGGUCGCAAAAGUUGGGACGCAUUACAGCCGAAGUCAACGAAUUGGUGAAGCACUUGAAGACUGCUGUUGCUGGUGUUGGCAAAAAUGGUCGAGUCCUACACAUUGCCCACUCGCAAGGCGCAUUAGUUACUUUGCUGGCGGCCAAGCAACUGACACUUUUGGAAAUGAAUCAGAUUGAGAUUCUGGCCUUUGGAGGAGCUGCUGCCCUUCGCAAGACACCUGAAACUCCCUUUGCCCGAUGCAUCAACUAUUAUUCAGUGAAUGAUCCCAUCUUGCUAUUGGUACCAUCGGCGGUCCAAGCUUUGCGAUCUGGAUACAUUUAUGACGAUAAUGAAUUCUGUUUUCUGGCGCCUAGGACUGGAGACCCGAUAGCAGAUCACUGCCUAUUGGGACCAACCUAUGCGCAAGCCAUGCGGUGGGAAGGCCAACGGUUCCAAUCACAAUAUCAAAGUCUGGCCUUUCGGAGUACAAGGACUUUAGUUCUCUUCUGGAUGGCUAUAUUCCAUGCAACCUGGACAAAGGCGCUGGAGAUUCGUCAGUUCUUGAUUACUGUGGUUGCCAAGGCAUUGCUUUGGAUGUGGAAUUGGCUUUUACGAUUGUACCAAGCUGCAAUCAGUAGUAUCACGUAUCGUCAAGAGCAAGAGAACGAGGCCAUCAAAGCAGAAAGUAGCUCCAAUAUUGCUUGA